AUGCCGCGCUCUGUGUGGAAGGGCCCUUUCGCGGAUGCGCUGCAGAAACUGCCGCACAUCUGGCGGGGCACGCGGCGCAGCAUGAUCCUUCCCGAGUGGGUGGGGCGACAGAUCGAGGUGCACAACGGGCGCAAGUGGAUGCCCAUAUCCAUCGUCGAAGACAUGAUCGGCCACAAGUUAGGCGAGUUUGCCUUCACCAGAACGAAGAGCCCACACAAGGGCGCUCUGCUCAGGGCCAAGGCCGCCAGGAAGAAGAAGAAGGUGUGAGCGAUACGUCGCCCGUUGAUGCUUCGCCCCACCUGCGAAUCGUCGAGUUUACAUCUUCCCAUUCUUGCGGUGGAGGAAGACUUUGCCAGAGCACUAUGUAAAUACUAGCUACUUCACUCCUAA